UGCAAUUCCAAAUCGUGUCCUCAAGCUUGCUGUAGCUGCGAACCCUAAAGUGUUCGUCGAUAGUUUUAACGAAUGCUUUAAAGAAGGAGUAUUUCCUGAUGUAUGGAAGCGCCAGCGGCAAGCCUGGAGUUCCACUUCGUCCUAUUGUCUCUUCUAUUAUGGUCCCCUGUUACAAACUGUCCAAAUACAUCGGCGAGAUUUUACAAAGUCUAAUUUCAGGAAAAUAUAACGUCAAGAAUGCUUUUAAUCUUAAAGAUAAGUUAACCAACGUCCAUGUGUGUGAUGAAGAUGUUUUAGUUUCGUUUGAUGUCCUUUCCCUAUUCACAAAUAUACCAACGACAUUAGCUUCGAGAAUAAUUAUGAAUAAGUGGGACCUAAUUCAACAGAAAACUUCUAUUCCAAAAAAGAAAUUUCACAAAAUAAUAGACUUUUGCCUCAAGGAUAACAAUUACUUUAUGUUCAGCAACAAACUAUACGCACAAACAUUUGGAAUGCCCAUGGGAAAUCCAAUUUCUCCAACAAUCGCUGACAUUAUCAUGGACAACCUACUGGACAACACCAUCACUGAGCUGAAAGAAAAAUUUAACAUUGACAUAAAGUUUGUAACAAAAUACGUGGACGACAUCUUCGCUAUUAUCAAACGUAAUGACGCGAAUAUUAUUCUAGAUACUCUUAAUAAAUACCACAAUAAACUGAAAUUUACUAUGGAAAUUGAAAAAGACUCAAAAAUACCAUUUCUAGAUGUUUGUAUUUAUCGAGAAAAGCAAAACCUCCUUCUAGACUGGUACUCAAAACCAACCUCCUCUGGACGCCUGAUAAAUUACUUCUCAUCUCAACCAAGAAAAUAUAAAAUUAACACCGCAAAAAACUUAAUCCACAAAGUACUGACGAUAAGCCACACACAGUUCCAUGACACCAAUAUAGAGAAAAUAACCAACAUCCUAAAAAACAAUAAUUAUCCUGUCAAAUUAAUACACGAACUCAUAAAUGAGGGAAUAAUAAAAAAUAGCAACCACCCUAACACACAAUCGGACUCAGAAACAACAAAAAGCGCAAAGAAAUUCUUCAGUGUUACAUACAUUCCCAAUCUUACCGAUAAUUUUGAUCAUAACAUAACAAAAACACAAAACACAGCACUUGCAUAUAAAUCUAAUUGCACACUUUCGAGAAUAUAUACAAAAACAAAGUGUCCAGUGGAGGUCCACCAACAAAACAACGUAGUCUACGAAAUUAAAUGCAAUGGGAAGGAAACAGAAACAUGCGGAAAGUUGUACAUUGGGACAACGAAGCGGCCUUUAGGUGUUCGAUUAGGCGAACAUGAAGCGGACAUAAGGAAACGGAAAAGCAGUACAGCAUUAUCACAGCACAUUUUAACAAGUGGACACACAGCUGAUUUCGCGAACACAAAUAUUAUUGACAAAGAAAGAAGAGAACAGAUUCGAUACACAAUAGAGAGCCUUAGAAUUAUGCAAAAACGAGAAAUGACAAUUAAUAAGAAGGAAGAUACAGACAACAUUGCGGCCGCAUACAUAACUUGUUUACAGAAAUGAAAUUUUCAGUACUGACAAAACUACCACAUCAAGUGAUAAAAUAAACACUACCCCUGAGGAUGCUA